CGAGGCUGCCGACCCGAGGUUUCCACGGGCGCGUGCGGGAGCAUGGACAUGAAUUAAACCUCACAUAAAAAUAAAAGUGCGUUUCAGUCAAACCGCAACGCAUGGCUGUGAAGGAUUUCUCCAACGCCUCAAGCACCGAUAUUUGUGUAAUUAAUGGAAUUAAUACGUGCAGGGAAGAAACAGAGCUUUUAAUCGAGGCUUUGACGAAACUGGAUCUUGGAAAGCUGCUGUCCGGUCUUCAUACAUCAAUGCUUCAGGGUGAAGAUUUUUAAAGAUCAACUGGUCUCUGACAAUCACUUUUACGCAAUUUCUGAGCAACGAUCCAAAAUCAGAGGCCCUUGCUUUUAAAUUGACGUUUAAGGCAAAGACUAAAGACUUUCACCUUGAUAUUUGCAAGUGAUGAUAGGACGGCCAUAAAUCUCUGUAUAACUGAAGGAACUUUCAACACAUAAUCAAAUUCAUCAUGCAUCUGGAAGUUAAAGUUGCGUUGAACUUCAUCGUGUCCUACUUGUACAACAAGCUCCCGCGCCGUAGGGCAGAUCUGUUUGGUGAGGAGUUGGAGCGUAUCCUGGUGUCCCGCUUCGAAGGGCAUUGGUACCCUGAAGCUCCUUUACGUGGUUCUGCCUUCCGCUGCCUGCAACUGGGAGCUCCCAGGGACCCUGUGGUGGAGCUGGCAGCCAGGAGAAGCGGUCUGGACACAGAGGAAGUCCGCGCCAACGUUCCCCCCGAGCUCAGCAUUUGGAUCGAUCCUUAUGAAGUGUCCUACCAGAUUGGGGAAAAGGGUGCCGUGAAAGUCCUCUACACGGAGGAUCCGCCAGGUUUAGGGGGCGAUACCGAAAGCUCCGACGUCGCUCUCAAAGGAGAUGUGGAGUUCGAGGAUGUCAAGAGUCUGGGCUUUAACCCAGAGGCUCAGGUCUUCGUGCCCAUCGGUGGCCAGGUGUCGCCGGUUAUGCUACCGUCGCUCUCCAGUUCGCCAACUCCUCUUUCUACCUCAUCUUGCCCAGGACUGUUCGGUUACGCUGCUCCCAGCACUCCCACCAAUCCCAGCGCUCAUUCCUCCAACACAUCCACCCCGUCGCCACCAAGCACCAGCCUUUUGUACUCUACACCCAACUCGCGGCCCACACCUCAGCCGAUCACCUUCACCACAGCCAGUUUCGCCGCCACCAAAUUUGGCUCCACCAAGAUGAAGAAGUGCGGGAACCCUGGAGUUGCCUCCGGUUCUGGCGCUGUCACAGCUCCACAACAGAGGAUGAUCACGCGCUCCCCAAGCACCAUCUCCCCCCCGGGGCUGGUCAAGCACAAACCCCUUUCCCUCUCCAUGCACUCUCUAGCUGGUCCCAUCCCAAGCCAAUUGUCUCCUAAUGCCAAAGAGUUUGUGUUUCCCGCUUCCCAGAGGCCCAUCUACUUUGACGCCGAAGGUCCGUCAAUGGCGCCAUUCCAGGCUCCACACCCACACGCCUCCUUCGAUCCAUUCUCCAGUCCACAACCAGGACAGGCUGUGGGAAUCAUUGGAGGCAACAGUGGAAUUUCCUUCAUAGAUAAACCUCCAUUCGUGGAAGGACUCGGAUACAACCUGCAGUAUUCCGGCCAGGCCUUCCAACCUGUGGUGUUGGCCAAUUAAAGUCUCAGAGUUGAAGAGAUCCCAGUGCUGAAACACUUUCCUUGAGGAAUUUUUUCCCCCCUCCAUGAAUCGUUACUACCACCAUGAUAAAUUAAGAGUAUUAUAACUACUAAUUGAGUAUUACUUGUGAUUUGUUAUUUUUCCGUUCCUUUGUUUCUCGUUCCAUGAUGUUGUUUAUUUUAUGAAUUGACUAUCUCUUGGAGUAACCAACCUCCUGUUGCACAGGUGUUUUUGCGUUUGUUGUUUUCAGUAAUGAGUCACUUUAUUGCCCAAAUGUUUGUCUCUCUAAUCUGCUUUGAUUAAUGCUACUUUUUAAAAUUGACUCUGGGGGAAAAAAGCUAAUAUUCUUACAUUAGAUUCUAGAGGUCUAAAAUGGAUUUUUGGAUGGUGUUUAUGUUCAGAAAUAUGACGCUCUGGAGAUUACACCCACGUUAACAGUUUGGUCACACCUCAGUGAUCAUAAUUGAGGGUUUAUGGUAAUUUUAUGGCAUGUUCUCUGAACCGACAUGGGUCUCAUGCUCUUGAGCUGAUGAUUAAGAGGCAGCUCACGUCUACGAUGUUGGUUUAGCUUUAGGAUUCUCCUGUUCAGUUUGAACACAUUGUCAUAUCCUGAUGAAACCAGCCAGUGUUUAAAACCAUUUCUAGUGAGUCAGAUUGAGAAUUGAUGCAUGUUUUCGUUCUUGCAGAUCUCGUAAGUUCAGACACGCAAGACAAACUGGCAGAAUGAUUGUUGCGUGAGUCUGAUUGGUUUCACACUUGGGUUCCCGGUCAAAAGUGCGUGAAGGUAACAGUUGGAGGUUUUGAUUAACCACCGAAUGUCUUUGAAUGGGAUAGGACACGAGAUUAAAGGUCAUUGAUGUGGAGACACUCUGAAUAGCUUGCCGGCACAGAGACGCAUGUUGAAUUUAACGCUGUUAUUUUUACGUUCCUGAGGUCGUGAAUGGUGGUUUGGAAGAGAUGCUACAGUGAAAAUUGCACUUUGUAUACUCCACUCUAGGACUCUGAAUGUUACCUCAUAUAUUCUGACUGCAGUGGCUGAGUUUUGUGAAACGUUUUGAGGUAGGAUGGAGGCUGGCGUUCUAGAAUCUUCUUGAAGGUAGGAGCCAAUGCUGGCUUUCUUUGACAUCCCUUCCCCCUCAGCGUUCCGUCCCGUCCCGUCCAGCUGCAUUGCACUUUACGCACCGGAUCUUUGGAAGCUCCUGUAAUGCCUCACAGUAAACGCUAUAUGCUAAAGGUCCUUCACUCGCCCUUUAAUGGUCAAUUAUGUCUAAACUAUAGCUUGGAAAUGUAGUUUAAAGAUUGUAUUAAAAACAUUUUGGUGAGAUGUUUGGGUGAGACCGUUGUUGUGAUGUCCCUCCUCGAUAUUUGAAAUGUGAACGUCAGCUUCAUGAAUAUUCAGUCAGUUUCAUUUGGGGUGGCAGGGGUUUAGAUUCUUCUAUAAAUGCUACGACUGGGUGUAUUUUUACAUUUGUUUGUAAUUUAUUUACAAUUUUUCUAUUUUUUUUCGUGUGUUUUUUCAAAAGAGUUCUCUACGGCAUUUAUAAAGCAAAUUAAGAGAUAUAUAUACGACUAUGACAUGAAUAUGUAUAUAUUUCUUAUGUUGAAGAUCUUUUG